AGUCCUUUCUUUGGUGCCAUGGGUUGCACAGCAGCCAUUGUGUUCAGUUGCCUUGGAGCUGCAUACGGCACUGCCAAAUCUGGCGUUGGAAUCUGUGCUAUGGGUGUUAUGCGCCCUGAACUUAUCGUAAAAAAUAUCAUUCCUAUUAUUAUGGCUGGUAUUAUUGCUAUUUACGGAGUCGUUGUUGCUGUACUUCUCUCUGGUGGCCUCAAACAGGAGAUGACUCUUUUUGCUGGGUUCAUUUCCCUUGCCGCUGGUCUUAGUGUGGGUCUUUCUGGUCUUGCUGCUGGGUUUGCAGUCGGUGUAGUCGGUGAUGCUGGUGUUCGUGGUACUGCCCAACAGCCUCGUCUUUUUGUUGGCAUGGUUCUUAUUCUUAUUUUUGCUGAAGUUUUGGGUUUGUACGGUCUUAUUGUUGCUCUUAUUCUCAACACCAAAGCCUCGACCGGAGUUUGCCCUUGA